AUGUGGAUGAUGGGUUGUAGUAGUGAUUGUUGUAGUAGUAAGUUCAACUUCAACUUCAACAGGUCUGAAUCUGAUUCAAUCAAUAGUCGAAAACUUCGUCCUCUCAUACCAAAGCCAACCACAAACACCACAUUUUCUGCAAUGCCAAACCCUUCUUCUUAUUGCACUUGUCUUCACAAAACCAAUCUUUUUUCAUUGAAUGACCAAAUGGCUACCAUGAAGGAGCAAAGCAAGGCAGAUAUUAAUACCACAGUGGCAUUGGUGAGUGCAAGGUGGAAUCCAACUCCAGACCAACUACGUGCCCUCGAGGAAAUGUAUGAAGGCGGAAUACGAACACCAUCCGCUGACCAAAUCCAACAAAUUGCUGCAAAGCUUCGCCAGUACGGUAAGAUUGAAGGCAAGAAUGUGUUCUACUGGUUUCAGAAUCACAAAGCCAGGGAACGCCAAAAACGCCGCCGCAUUCUAGACUCAUUAUCUCAAGGGUUGAGUAAGACAGGUUUUGAAGUUGCACAUGCAAAGAACAAAGCAACUUCUUCUAACUCUAGUACACUUUCAGAGCACAAAUUCAACUCACUAGUCACAGACCCAUUAUUACCCACAGAAAGUCAACCAAUCUAA